AUGCAGGCCACGCUCUACGCCAACCACCGCAUCCGCACGCUCGUCCCGCGCGCGCUCGUCCGCCACCUCGGCCUGGACGUCGCGCUCCGCGACCCCGACGCCGACCCGCGCUGGGCCCGCCUCUUCCCGCUCAAAAAAGUCCCGUGCUUCGUCGGCCCGCGCGGCGAGCGCCUGACUGAGGUCAUUGCCAUCAUGGUCUACCUCGUCGGCCAGGCCCCGGACCCCGCCGUGCGCGCCGCCCUGCUCGGCCACGACACCUUCCACCGCGCGCGCGUGCUCGCCUUCCUGGAGCUCGCCAACUCCCCGCUGUGCGACAACAUGGCCGUGCUGCUGCACCAGGUGCGCGGCCUUGCGCCGCCGUGCGACGCAACCUGGCGCGCGGCCGCGGCCGCGCUCGCCGGCCUAACCGCGCUGUACGAGGCCCGCCUGGAGCGCCACCCCUAUUUGGCCACGGACACGCUCUCGCUGGCCGACCUGUUCACGGCCGCGAUCAUGCGCCGGUGCUUUGAGGCGUUCUACGGCGCGGACUGGCGGGCCGCGCACCCAGCCAUCACACGCUGGUUCGAGGAGGUCACGGGCUCGCCCAUUCUCCGCGAGCACUUUGCGGAUUACGUGCCCGCGGAGGUUACCCCCUCGGGGCCGCCGGAGGCCCGAUAG